UCCCCCCGCCGCGCCCAGCCCUCCGCGUUCCCCGCCGUCACCCGGCCCCGUGGGGCCUGCUCGUCCCCCGCCAUCAGCCCCGGCCGCUCCGCUCCGCUCCCAGGUAUAGCUAAAAGCUGAAGCUGUGACACACCCAUGAAUGAAUAGUGCUAGUCCUGUACAUCAAUGGCCUCUGUGUCAAUAAUUCCAGACUCUUACAACCAUGUGUUGGCAGAGUUUGAGUGUUUGGAUCCAUUGCUUUCUGCGCUCAGGCUGGAUUCUAGUCGUCUGAAGUGCACGUGUAUAGCUGUGUCAAAGAGAUGGCUGGCUCUAGGCAGUUCAGGAGGAGGACUGAACCUUAUACAGAAAGAUGGUUGGAAGCAAAGGCUCUUUCUCACUCAUAAGGAAGGUGCCAUUUCCCGGGUUGCCUGUUGUUCACACGAUGAAGACUAUGUUGCUGUUGCCACCAGCCAAGGUCUUGUAGUAGUCUGGGAACUGAAUCAGGAACGUCGUGGGAAGCCAGAACGGAUUUAUGUUUCCUCUGAGCAUAAGGGCAGAAAAGUCACAGCUCUGUGCUGGGAUACAGCUGCCCUUCGUGUUUUUGUAGGAGAUCAUGUGGGAAAAGUAUCAGCCAUCAAGAUUAACACAUCGAAACAAGGGAAGGCUGCUGCUACUUUUGUGAUGUUUCCUGUUCAGAUUAUAACGACCGUAGAUUCUCGGGUUGUUCAGCUUGAUUAUUUGGAUGGAAGACUGCUCAUAUCUUCACUUACACGCACUUACUUGUGUGAUACUGAAAGGCAAAAGUUCUGGAAAAUUGGUAACAAAGAGAGAGAUGGAGAAUUUGGAGCGUGUUUCUUCCCUGUUGGAAAAAACAGUGGGAAUCAGCAGCCAUUAAUAUAUUGCGCUCGACCUGGCUCAAGGAUGUGGGAGGUGAACUUUGAUGGGGAAGUGCAAAGCACACAUCAGUUCAAGCAGCUGCUCUCAUCACCGCCUCUCCCUGUUGUUACUCUCAGACUGGAUCCUCACUAUACUAGUUCCAGCUGCUGUCCACAAUCUUUAUCUUUCCCCAAGCUACUGUAUUUGACUGAGCACUGUGUGAUGACCUGGACAGAGAGAGGCAUUUAUAUUUUUCUUCCCCAAAGUGUUCAAGUUUUACUCUGGAGUGAAGUAAAAGAUAUUCAGGAUAUUGCAGUUUACAAAAGUGAGUUGUUCUGUCUGCAUACAAAUGGAAAAGUUGUGCACCUCUCCCUUCUGCUGGUAGACCGCUGCAUAGAGCGUCUAAUAAGAAGAGGGUUCUGGACACUUGCUGCCAGGGUCUGUUGCCUCUUCCAAAAUUCAAUCAUUUCUUGCAGAGCAAGAAAAAAUUUGCCUCUAGACAAGCUGGAGCACUUGAAGACUCAGCUGGAUGCCUCAACCCAACAGGAUCUCAUUACGCGGCUGGAAGAUCUAAUUUCAAAGUUGGAACCUCUAGAUUCUGCAUGCAGCAGUAGAAGGAGCAGUAUUUCAUCUCAUGAAAGCUUCAGUGUCUUAGACUCUGGAAUAUAUCGUGUUAUCAGUCGAAGAGGCAGUCAGUCAGAUGAAGAUUCAUGUUCUCUCCACAGUCAAACGUUCUCAGAAGAUGAGAGACUUAAAGAAUUUCCUGCACACCAGGAAGAUGAGCAAGUAGAACUUGACAAUGUAUCUCAUGCAUCUGUGACGGUUGAGGCUGACCGGAAUGAGACAUUUCUCCCAUUCAGUAUUCCUUUGUCAUUUCGUUCCCCAUCUCCUCUCGUCUCUCUCCAAGCUGUCAAAGAAAGUGUUUCCAGCUUUGUACGCAAAACUACUGAAAAGAUUGGCACACUUCAUAUAAGUCCUGAUACUAGAGGGAGGCAAGAAGCAAAGGAUGAUGAGCAGCUGCAGGAGUUGACUGUUAAUCUGGUAGCAUCUCCCCAGGAAGAGAAAGAGUUAGAACCAGAGAGCUGCCAGCUUCCAGAGGAGGACCCUCUAAGAGAUCUCAAAACUGCAACAGCAGAAGCUAUAGCCAAACUCCAGGAUCCCCUGGUUUUGUUAGAACCACAGUGUAUGAGAAGGGUUUUACAAGAAUGGCUUAUCUAUCUAGAAGAAAAGUUUGGCAGCAAAGAGCAUUCUGCUUCCCCUAUAAAAAGCAAGAUUGCGUGUGCUGAAGAAGAGAGGGCAGUCCUGGAGGAAAACCUGGAACUGGAUCCAGCCAAGGGAGACCCAGCAGACAGAGAGCACAGCAGUAUCUUGGAAGACUGCACUGAAAAGGAAAAUACAGAUGAAACCUGUGCAAGCAAAACCACAUGUGAAAAUAGUACUGAUUUGAAGGGACCUUUGGAUGGCUGCCUUCAAGUAUCUCCUCCAUGUGUCAUAGAACCGGAUCUUCAGAAAGAUCUCUUUGAGUUGACAACACUGUGUUUUGAGCUGCAUGUAUUUUCUUGUGGAAGUGGUGAGGCAGAGGAAAGCUCUGAUGGAAGUCUGCCACUAGCAGCUUCAUGGACCUUGGCUUGUAGGUUUAUGCGAAGCUACUUCUUUCUUCUGGAUUUAAAAAGAGUAAAGCAGUCUAUUAUAACUAUGUAUGCAACCAGUCCUAAUGUAUGGGAAACAUACAUCGCAGGAUUGAAAGAACUAACUUGCCACAGUCCAGUGGCUUUAGCAAUGGAAAAUGAAGAUAUGUUGAAAAUACUAAAGCAGCUGCAUGACCUGGGGCCAUGGGAUGAUAGCCCGCUGUUGCUGGUACACGCUCAAAGGCUUUAUGAAAAAUUUGGGGAAACAGCUCUUCGGCCCUUGAUCAAAUUCCACCCCUCAAUUUUACCUUCUGAUAUCAAACAGCUUUGCAGGAAUGAUCCAGCUCACUUUUUAGCAUACUUAGAUAGUCUGGUGAAAUCAAAGCCGGAGGAUAAAAGGUCACCUCUCCUUAGGUCUCUUCUGCAGCCUGAAUCUGUACGCCUGGAUUGGUUGCGCCUGGCAGUUUCUCAUGAUGCACCACAAAGAGCAAAUACAGUGGAUGCAGAAGGAAAUCCCAGGCCACGAUCGCAUUUGUUUACUUGGGGCUACAGUCAGCUUAUUCUACUUUUGAUUAAACUCCCAGCUGAUUUUGUUACAAAGGAGAAGAUGGCUGACAUCUGUAAAUCACAUGGAUUUUGGCCUGGAUAUCUUUUUCUCUGUCUGGAGCUGGAUAGAAGAAUAGAAGCCUUUACUAAUAUUGCUCAUUUGGAUGAUUUGAGCCUGUUGAAUGGAGAAGAUGGUUCCAUUCCAGAGACCAUAGAAGAAUGGAAGUUUCUUCUGCAUCUUGCACAAAAUCACAGCACAGUUCACCACCACGGCCCAAAGAAUGGGAGUGCUGUCAGCAAUGGCAGCCCGAGCUGCCCAGAUUGCAUCACUGUGGAAAAUACAGCUCUCUUACUGGCAAAGGCCAUUGGCCCAAAUCGUGCCUUGCCUCUCUUGCAGGAGUGUGGCUUGGCACUAGAGUUCUCUGAGAGAUUUAAUGGUGUCUGUGAGAUACUGAAAGUUGCUGAGAAAAGGCAAAGAGCGCUGAUUCAGUCCAUGUUGGAAAGGUGUGACCGGUUUUUGUGGUCUCAGCAAGCAUAGAAAACAACUUGGAAAACUUUGGGAACAUUUUUUACUGUAAUGAUUGCAUAUUAAAGUGCCUCUUAAACUUAACAGGCUCUUAAAGAAAUUAACUCCUGUCUAAAAGUCCACUUAUAUUGAGUCAGUCUCCAUCUGGCAGGUGCCUGACUGGGAACUGUUGAUGGUUCUUAUUCCUUUGGAGGUGAAUUUUGGACUCUAGAAGUUCAGUCAAUUCAAUCCAGUACUUAUCUUGAAAUUAAGCUCAGAGAUUUGAGAUGAAAAUUCCUGAAUUUGUUUUUUGAAUCUAUAUGACUUAAGUGUUAAGGAUAUUGGGCCCCUAAGUAUGAAAUGAUGGUGUACUUGUUCUUUGUUUGAGAAGCCAUUCCUCAGAAAUAUAUAAGCCUGGGCUUGUUUAAUUUUCCUGUAAAUGACACUGACUUUUCAAAGUUACUGUAGAAGUGCUUGUUAUGAUACUAUUUUUUUUUCCUGUUAAAUUGUAUGGAUUGGUCUUGCCCAUUUGAAAUACAUUAACUGAGUCAAGUCUUAAAA